AGACGCUCAAUUUUUUACCAGGCAGGCAAGCUUCCGUAUUUAUUGAAAGGCGUGUAAAACAAAAGGGCACUUUUCGAGACACUGCUUCGUGAGUAGGAGAUGGCGUUGCGCCUUCUCGGUGCGCCAUAGCCAGAAAUGUUUAGAAAUCAUUUUAUGUCAUUUACCGUUUCGGAUACAUGGACGGUAUUUUUUUCUUAUCUCUUAUGUACUGCGAGAAACAUAAUGACGUCUCGACUUCACAUUACAACUCAUUUCCCGUUAGCACAUUUGACUUAAAAGAAGCUUAUCAUGGUGCUGGGUGAGAAUGCUGUUCAAGUGCCUCAUGCACUUGCGGUUCCAAACCUUGCGGAUUGGGAAGGCACCAUGGUCGACGAAACACCAGAAAUCCGAAAAGAAUCCAUACAGCGCUUACAGAAACUUCUCAAAGGAGACACAUUGCUCAAGGAGCCUCAAGAUGAAAAGGUGCUCAUGAUGUUCCUUCGCUCUCGAAAGUACGACGUUAAGUCUACGUUUAGAACCAUGAAGAACUACUUUCGGGCUCGCAGAGAUAUCCCGGAGUUGUUCAGAAAUCUAACACCGGCAAAUAUUCCAUACAAGACUGUCUGCACGGACCAUAGGCUCAUGAUGGUUUCUAAAGAAAAGGAUCAUCUGGGAAGGUCAGUGGGGCUGCUGCGAAUAGGAGCAUGGAAAUCGAGCAUCUGUUCGCUCACAGACCUGACGAGAUGUCUGCUCGUCCUCACUGAGAGCCAUUUGACCGAAGAAGAAACGCAAAUCAAAGGUUUCGUGAGUGUCUUCGAUAUGGAAGGGCUGAGUCCGUACCACCUGGCACACCUGACCCCCCGCUACUUCAUGAAAAUACUUCACGUACUCCAGGACUGCCUACCGCUAAGGACGGAAAAAAUAUACGUCGUGAACAACCCGUCCAUAUUCGCUCUUUUAUUUGCUGUGGCGAAGCCGUUCUUGCAUAGGAAGCUCUUGAGCAGGAUCGAGCUGCUUGGUUACAACUUCAGCAAGCUUCUAGCCGUAGUACCAACCGACAUAAUACCGAAGAGACACGGGGGUACUCUUGAAGACUUUGACUACCACAGCCAAGAGGCAUUCAUAGAACGACGAAGCGCCUACUUUGAGCAGAUGGAUCGUUGCGGUUACUAAAUUCUAACGAACAAA